AUGACUGCCCCCCGGGAUAGGCAGCCCCUCUCCCCCGGGACGAUGGCCGCUCCCCGGGCCGGUGGCCGCUCCCCGGCAUUGGCAGCCCCUCUCCCCCGGGACGAGGGCCGCUCCCCGCUUGGUUGUUCGUUGCACUCACAUCUGUAUCACUUUUGUUCCCUUUACAAAAACAUUCAGGUGUUCUUUGAUGUGAAGAUUGGAGACAAAGACAUUGGCAGAAUUGUAAUUGGAUUGUUUGGAAAAGUUGUCCCAAAGACCGUGGAGAAUUUCAUUGUGUUGGCAACUGGAGAAAGAGGAUAUGGAUACAAAGGAAGUAAAUUUCAUCGUGUGAUCAAAGACUUCAUGAUUCAAGGAGGAGACUUUACAGCUGGAGAUGGAUCAGGAGGAAGAAGCAUCUAUGGAGAAAGGUUUCCUGAUGAGAACUUUAAGCUCAAACACUAUGGAAUUGGAUGGGUUAGCAUGGCCAAUUCUGGCCCGGACACCAACGGAUCCCAAUUCUUCAUCAGUGUGACAAAGCCUUCCUGGUUAGACGGAAAACAUGUAGUAUUUGGCAAAGUCCUUGAUGGAAUGUCUGUGGUGCACUCAAUAGAACUCCAGCAGACAGAUGAACACGAUCGGCCCCUUCAAGACUGUGUGAUUGUGAACAGUGGCAAAAUAGCUGUAAAGGAACCAUUUGUAGUUGAAGUGGAUGACUGGUGAGACCAGUAGUCAGAAUGAAAAGUAAAACUUAAUCACUUUUCUUUAAUGCUAGUUUUGACCCAUCUCAGUGAUCCACUGAGUUUUCUCCUCAAAACAUAUGAAGUUAUAUUUAGGGAAUACUUGUCAUUUGCCAAAUACAGAAAAGAUAUGAUUACUUCUAUAACUUGUUGGAACUGCCACUCCUUGAAAUUCAAGACAUAUCCCACCAAACCCUAGAUCUUGCAGAAAAAGUCUUCAAUGAAAAUUUGAAAAUUUAUAGCAGUAAUUAU